GUCACUGGGUGUUGGUUGCUAUGGAUCUUUCGAGACUAAUGGUGUAUUAUCUCGAUUCGUUAUCGGGUGAUUGGAGUAAAUAUCCGAGUAUGAAGAAGACGGUUGACGCGGCAAUACUAAAAUUUAGAUCGAAAAAGAAUUACCGUAAUAGGAAGGACAUUACCUGGAUCAGAGUUCAGUGUCCUCAGCAAAACAAUUCGGUCGAUUGCGGAUUUUUUGUAUUGAGAUUUAUGAGAGAUAUCAUUGCGUUGAAUCGUAUAGACAUCCCAAAAAUGUACUUUGAGGAAUACAAAUCUUACUCAAGAGCUCAUUUGGAUGAAAUGAAGGAUGAAUUGUGUCAAUUCAUUGUUGAUCAAAGAAUCAUAUAGCUAGGUUGUAUAUUGUUGUACAUAUAUGUAUGGAA